AUGGAGUACCUCUCCCUCCUCAUACCGAUCGCCUACCUAGGCAUCCUGAUCGGCUCGAUGGCGACGUUCUCGCACCUCUACCGCCAACGACAGGUCAACUCGAAACUGCGGCUUGCCCCCUAUUUCGGCCCACACACGACGCGCAACAUCUACCUGUCCCUCCUGCACCUGCAAGACCAGGCCGACUCUUCCUCCUCUUCGACCGGCACCACCAAAGUCCCCGACAGCGUCUUACGUGCGGCCCUCCUCGCCCGUGCGGUGGAAGACAUCCAGCGCAUCAUGGAGGUCCGGACUCGCAAACCCGCGCUGACGCAGCUCCUGCAGCGCGGCGUGGUCGGCGAUGAAAUCUUCCAACGCCUCACGCGAGCCGAGCAGGAAAUGGAAAUCGAGCUCAAGGACGUCGUCGCCGAAGCCAACGCUCUCGCGCCCAACUGGGGCCAGACCAUCUUCCAGAGCGCCAAUGAAAUGGUGCAGAACAAGGUCCUACGCGACAAGUUGGACGCCGUCAAGGCCACACUGCCCGUCGAGAAGGCCGCGUGGGAUGCACAGCGCGAAAAGUCUAGGAGAGAACUGUUGGGCGUCGAUUCCGAUCCGGUGGCCGUGCCAGUGGCACAAUCGGCUCCGGGUCAACUGUCCCUGGCAGAGCAGGCCGCCAGAGCUGCCGCCAUGUCUGCAGUCACGAGCAGCGAUGAUGAUGGUGUCAUCGUUGAAUCUCCUGGUUCGGGACAGCCGACAGCAUCAACAGCUCGCACAGGUGGAACGGGAGCUGGCGCCGGCGCCGGGGGCGGGAAACACAAGAAGAAGAAAGGCAAGAGAUAG